AUGAGGGGGCCUUGCCCGCUGUUUGCGUUGGUUUUAGUCGCCCUCGUGGGGGGCGUGAGCGGCUACCGAUAUCCCUCCAUCACCGACAGAAACUUUAUCAAACAGUAUGUCGACGCUCACAACAAAUUCCGCAGCGGAGUCAACCCCCCCGCUUCCAACAUGCUGCAUAUGACAUUUGAUAUUGGUUUAGCUAAAAUAGCUAGAGCAUGGGGACGAAAAUGCAUUUGGAAACAUAAUCCAUAUAGUAAUCUUCACCCUGAUCGUAAAUUUAGACCAAUGGGAGAAAAUUUGUGGAUGGGAUCUGCCAGCAAUCGUCCAUUUGAUCCUACUGGUGCUAUUGCUGCAUUUUACAAUGAAGUAAAAUACUAUGACCUCAGUACCCAUAAGUGUACUAGUGUAUGUGGACAUUAUACUCAGGUUGUUUGGGCUGCUUCUUACAAGGUUGGCUGUGCUGCUGUUUACUGCCGCUUGGUAGAUAGAGGAAAGAAGAGGAAUAUUGUGAUUUUAGUAUGCAAUUAUGCUCCAGCGGGCAAUUAUGUAGGGGUUCGUCCUUAUAAAACAGGAACAGCAUGUAAUGAGUGCCCAAAAGGAGACACUUGUAUUAAUAAACUCUGUAAGAAUCCUGAACGUGAUAAAGAAGAUAAAAGUUAUCCAUACUGGUCCCCAUCAUUUCCAAUGAAGAUUGAGUGUGAUAAAGUCUGCAUUACUAUUGCAGUUUUAAGACCGUUGUCAGUAUUUCUAGUAUUUGCUGCCGUUUGCUACCUAAAAUUCCGUUAUCCAAGUUUAAGUAUUAAAAAUUAA